ACAAGAGAAUUACCGUCAGCUGUCUUGAAAACAAUCUGCAAGGGGGAGAGAAACGUAAAAGAGAAAAGCUCCUCUCUCCAUUCAACCGCAGGAGAAAAAACACUGAGCAGAAUUUGACAGCAUGGAAAAGAAACGGCUUUCUUUUUUUUGCUGCGUGUGCGUGUGCCCCCAAGGAGCUCUCUGGAUAGGAACUCAAGGGUAGAACAGAGCUUGUUCGGCUGAUUUCUAUGUCUAUGGCCACUGCCAAUCUAUUCAACGAACUGUUUGAGAUUAUUCCUCGCGGACCCAGGAGCUGAUUUCCAGAAAGCAUUUCAACAGAUAUCGAGCACGCUAAAGAGAAGCUGGUUGUCAAUUAUACACACAAGUGGAAUAGAAAAUUUCUGCAUGUUGUUCUGUCUUGUAAAAGUUCAUUAUUUGCUUGCCAGAAAGGAGAAAUAUUGUAUAAAAUGAUAUAAUCCUUUCAAGGGUUUUGUACUGAAGGAGAGUGGACUAUGCAAAACGUGUGUAAGCCUUUGAUGUUUGCUUGUUUUAUUACCUGAAAACAUGAUAGCCCAGCCAUCUCUGAAGAAAUGGUUCCAGUUGUAUUAUGUCCUCAAGGUUCCAACUGCUGGGUUCAAAUGUGCAGCAAGAGGACUGAUCCUACAAUCUGUUUCUCAGGAUGUUUAUCAGAAUUUAGCAUUAGAAGACUGGAUCCAUGAUAAUAUGAAUUUAGAAGACAGACAAGUUCUUUUCCUUUGGAGAAAUUCUUCUACUGUAGUAAUUGGUAGACAUCAGAAUCCCUGGCAGGAAUGUAAUCUUAGAUUCAUGAGACAAAAGGGUAUAAAACUUGCUAGAAGACGAAGCGGAGGAGGAGCAGUUUACCAUGAUCCAGGCAACAUCAAUCUCACUUUCUUUACAACAAGGAAAAAGUAUGAAAGAAUGGAAAACUUAAAACUCGUUGUUGGAGCUUUAAAAGCCCUGCGACCCCAAUUAGAUGUGCAGGCUACAGACAGAUAUGACCUCUUGUUGAAUGGGAUUUUUAAAAUCUCGGGAACUGCUGCAAAACUCGGAAGAACUGCUGCUUACCACCAUUGCACCUUGCUCUGCAGUGCUGAUAAAUUUGUUUUAUCAACUGUGCUCAAGAGUCCUUACAAUAGGAUAAAAAGCAAUGCCACUCCAAGUGUACAUGCCUUAGUGAAAAAUCUCUUUGAAGAAGAACCUACUUUAACUUAUGAGAUGCUCAUGGAUGCCAUUGCUGAAGAAUAUGCUGCAUACCAUCAAAUUGAUAACCAUAUCAUUGAAAUAAAUCCAGCUGAUGAAACAGAAUUCCCUGGAAUUAAUAAUAAAGCCAAAGAGCUCCAAUCCUGGGAUUGGCUAUAUGGCAAAACACCAAAGUUCAGCAUUAGCACAUCCUUUAAUAUAGCUGAUGAACAAUCUUGCCUUGAAAUUAAAAUAAAUAUGGAUGUAAAGAAUGGCAAAAUUGAAACUUGCAACAUUGAUGUGCCUCAGUUCUGGUUGCCACCAAUCAUGUGUAAUGAACUAAAGAACAAUCUCAUUGGCAGCAAGUUUUGCCCAAGGGAAACCACUACAGUGGCAGCUGCUUUGCUGGGAACGUGUACAGAUUACAAGAUACACAGCAAGUGGAAUCUCUUGUGUGAGAAGAUAGUAAAACUAAUGUGAUUCCUGAUCAUUAAUGCUAUGUCAAUACAAUCUUGUUGUGGUAGAGGGUUUUAAGGACUUGGCAGAACAUAACAGAUUGAAUAGUGAAGUUAAAAGACUACUUAACAUGAAUAAAUUCACUUAUUUUCUUUUUAAA